GGAGAGGGAGGGGUGGGGGCGAGAGGUAAAUACUCUUAAAUCGGAAGGGAGCUGCCUCCACUGUGGUCUUGACAGGCGCUGCCUGGGCUCCGCGGCGCUGUAAUAACUGGGUGACCUUUUCUUGGGCUGUAUUAUGUCUGGCUGGGAAGGGAUUGUGUUUUGCGGCUGAGAGUCGGGGCUCCCUUCAGCUCGGGCUCCUCGCAAGCUGCUGGGGUAAGUUGUCUGGAGCCAGGACCAAGAGAGACAUCCCCCCUGGACUGCAGUUGCCUAAAAGAAGGACACCUGUGGCUCGCAUGCAGUCCACACUGGUACUUGGCGGAUCCUGGAGGACCUCAUUAUUUUAAACUUAAAAAAAAAAAUAGAGAUCCACCCCCCCUUUUUUUUUUCAAACAAUGUUUCUUUUUGACCUUUCCCAAGGAGAAGCGCUACCAAGCAGCCUCUGUGCUCACUGAACACCCUCCCUUGUAUCGCUUAAUUGAGAAGGCAUACAAAUGCUCUCAGUUCAGCCAGACACCAAGCCGAAAGGUUGUGCUGGCUGCAACCGCAAAAUCAAGGAUCGGUACCUCCUAAAGGCGCUGGACAAAUACUGGCAUGAGGACUGCCUGAAGUGUGCCUGCUGUGACUGCCGUUUGGGAGAGGUGGGCUCCACCCUAUACACUAAAGCCAACCUCAUCCUCUGUCGCCGAGAUUACCUGAGGCUGUUCGGUGUAACGGGAAACUGCGCUGCCUGUAGCAAGCUCAUCCCUGCCUUUGAAAUGGUGAUGCGGGCCAAGGAUAAUGUGUACCACCUGGACUGCUUUGCCUGUCAGCUUUGCAACCAGAGAUUUUGUGUCGGAGACAAAUUUUUCUUGAAGAAUAACAUGAUUCUAUGCCAGACAGACUAUGAGGAAGGCCUAUUGAAAGAAGGUUAUGCACCACAGGUCCGCUGAUCCGUCGGCAUCACCCCCGACAGCACAAAGCACUACAUCCUUUAUCUUCUCUGCUCACACAUGUAUAUAAGAAUCGAC